GUCGCUCGUCACGUGGUCGCCGUCGUGCGUCACGUGGCUGCCAUAGCCUGUCACGUGGCCGCCGGCUCAGGUCACGAGAACAAACACGGGGGCGGCCGUCACUUCCCGGCCGGUGUCGCUCGGCGGCGGGCCAUGGCCAACGUCUCUAAGAAGGUGUCGUGGUCCGGCCGGGACCGGGACGACGAGGAGGCGGCGCCGUUGCUGCGGAGGACGGCGCGGCCCGGCGCGGGGACGCCGCUGCUGAACGGGGCCGGGCCUGGGGCCGCGCGCCAGUCACCACGUCCUGCACUUUUCCGAAUCGGACAGAUGAGUAACGUGGAGCUGGAUGAUGAGCUUCUGGACCCGGAUAUGGACCCUCCGCAUCCCUUCCCCAAGGAGAUCCCACACAAUGAGAAGCUCCUUUCCCUCAAGUAUGAGAGCCUGGACUAUGACAACAGUGAGAACCAGCUGUUCCUGGAGGAGGAGCGCCGGAUCAACCACACGGCCUUCCGGACGGUGGAGAUCAAGCGCUGGGUCAUCUGCGCCCUCAUUGGGAUCCUCACGGGCCUUGUGGCCUGCUUCAUCGACAUCGUGGUGGAGAACCUGGCCGGCCUCAAGUACAGGGUCAUCAAGGGCAAUAUCGACAAGUUCACAGAGAAGGGCGGGCUGUCCUUCUCCCUGUUGCUGUGGGCCACACUGAACGCCGCCUUCGUGCUUGUGGGCUCCGUGAUCGUGGCCUUCAUAGAGCCAGUGGCAGCCGGCAGCGGAAUCCCGCAGAUCAAGUGCUUCCUCAACGGGGUGAAGAUUCCCCACGUGGUGCGGCUCAAGACACUGGUGAUCAAGGUGUCCGGUGUGAUCCUGUCCGUGGUCGGGGGCCUGGCCGUGGGAAAGGAAGGGCCGAUGAUCCACUCGGGCUCAGUGAUUGCCGCCGGGAUCUCCCAAGGAAGGUCAACGUCGCUGAAGCGAGAUUUCAAGAUCUUCGAGUACUUCCGCAGAGACACAGAGAAGCGGGACUUCGUUUCCGCAGGGGCUGCAGCCGGAGUGUCAGCAGCAUUUGGAGCCCCCGUGGGUGGGGUCCUGUUCAGCCUGGAGGAGGGCGCAUCAUUCUGGAACCAAUUCCUGACAUGGAGGAUCUUCUUUGCUUCCAUGAUCUCCACGUUCACCCUGAACUUUGUUCUGAGCAUUUACCACGGGAACAUGUGGGACCUGUCCAGCCCGGGCCUCAUCAACUUCGGAAGGUUUGACUCGGAGAAAAUGGCCUACACCAUCCACGAGAUUCCUGUCUUCAUCGCCAUGGGCGUGGUAGGCGGUGUGCUCGGAGCUGUGUUCAAUGCCUUGAACUACUGGCUGACCAUGUUUCGGAUCAGGUACAUCCACCGGCCCUGCCUGCAGGUGAUCGAGGCCAUGCUGGUGGCUGCAGUCACGGCCACAGUCGCUUUUGUGCUGAUUUACUCGUCUCGGGAUUGCCAGCCCCUGCAGGGGAGCUCCAUGUCCUACCCCCUGCAGCUCUUCUGUGCGGACGGCGAGUACAACUCCAUGGCUGCGGCCUUCUUCAACACCCCGGAGAAGAGUGUAGUGAGCCUCUUCCACGAUCCGCCAGGCUCCUACAACCCCCUGACCCUCGGCCUGUUCACGCUGGUCUACUUCUUCCUGGCCUGCUGGACCUACGGGCUCACAGUGUCUGCCGGGGUCUUUAUCCCAUCCCUGCUCAUCGGGGCCGCCUGGGGCCGGCUGUUUGGCAUCUCCCUGUCAUACCUCACAGGGGCAGCGAUCUGGGCGGACCCCGGGAAAUAUGCCCUGAUGGGAGCUGCUGCCCAGCUGGGUGGGAUCGUGCGGAUGACGCUGAGCCUUACGGUCAUCAUGAUGGAGGCCACCAGCAACGUGACCUACGGCUUCCCCAUCAUGCUGGUGCUCAUGACCGCCAAGAUUGUGGGCGACGUCUUCAUCGAGGGCCUGUACGACAUGCACAUUCAGCUGCAGAGCGUGCCCUUCCUGCACUGGGAGGCCCCGGUCACCUCGCACUCGCUCACUGCCAGGGAGGUGAUGAGCACACCGGUGACCUGCCUGAGGCGGCGUGAGAAGGUCGGUGUCAUUGUGGAUGUGCUGAGCGACCCGGCGUCCAAUCACAACGGCUUCCCUGUGGUGGAGCAUGCAGACGACAGCCAGCCAGCCCGGCUCCAGGGCCUGAUCCUGCGCUCCCAGCUCAUCGUCCUCCUCAAGCACAAGGUGUUUGUGGAGCGCUCCAACAUGGGCCUGGUGCAGCGGCGCCUGAGGCUGAAGGACUUCCGGGACGCCUACCCGCGCUUCCCGCCCAUCCAGUCCAUCCACGUGUCCCAGGACGAGCGGGAGUGCACCAUGGACCUCUCCGAGUUCAUGAACCCCUCCCCCUACACAGUGCCCCAGGAGGCGUCGCUCCCGCGUGUGUUCAAGCUGUUCCGGGCCCUGGGCCUGCGGCACCUGGUGGUGGUGGACAACCGCAAUCAGGUUGUUGGACUGGUGACCAGGAAGGACCUUGCCAGGUACCGCCUGGGGAAGGGAGGCUUGGAGGAGCUCUCGCUGGCCCAGACGUGAGACCCAGCCCCGCCCAUGGUGGGCACCAGAGCUGGCACCGUGGGCCCCCUCCACACCUCCUCUCAGAGUCACUGCUUUCUCGGCCCAAACCACGCUCCCCAGCAGCGGCAAUGGCGUGCACCCUGCAGCUGGGCCGGGGACGGCAGGCCUGGGACGGACUCUGGAGGGACUGACCCUGUUGUGGUCUCCACCCUUGGCGCCUCUCUGCGCAGGCCCAGCUGCCACCCUCAUCACCUAGGUUCCUUCGCCUCGAGGGAUCAGCUGUGUAUGUGUAGCCCCCUUCCAGGCUCUCAGGCUCGGGAGCCAGCAGCAGGGCAAGAGACAGAGCCCUCAACCCCGCUGCUGUCCUGAGGGCCGUCCUGCUGCAGAAGGGCUCCUCCUGCCUCCACACCAGCGGACUUACAGAUGUGAGCCGGCCUGUGGUUCCUGAGCUUGAGCCGUGGACAUGUCACGCCAGGGUUUAGAGGGUGGGACAGCCCUGAGAGCAGCCUCACGGCAUCGCCGCCACAGGGAGAUCCCGACGUGCACUCCCCAGCCUGCAUCUGACUUGAGGACACAGACCCGGAGAACUGGGGUGACAGGCCCCGUGCUGCGGUGUCAAGAGGCCCUGAGCCCCAUGCCCAGCCCUGCCUGGGUCCCCCUACCCCUGGAACUAGGAGUCUGAGCCCACCCCCAGCCCUGCCUCGGUCCCCUGGCCCCUGGAACUUGGAGUCUGAGCCUACGCCCACCCCUGCCUUAGUCCCCGAGCCUCAGAGCUUGGAGGCGCUGCCCUGUGGAACUGGCUGGGAAGGCAGGCCUGCUAGCAUGUGGGGACCCGGCCGUGGCUCCUCCGUUUCCCUGGAGUGGGCAGGCGUUGUACACCUCCGUGCCCCACCCCUGCCAGCCACCAAGUGCAAAUGCAGGAGUCAGUCUCCUGCUGGCCUGGGAGGACGUCUGGCCUAGCCCAGGUGGCUAGGAGGGUUCGUGGGCACUGGGGCUGAGAAGACCCCCACCUGCCCACCUGAGGGUUCCUCGAAGGCUCCCUGCCUGCCUGGCUGGGCUGGGUCUCUGGUCACCACAGGGCCAUUUCUCACAGGGCGUUGGAGGCAACCUCAGUGUCCCUGUUAGAGCAACACUGGUCCCUCCGUGGGGGGCGCUGGAUGCGGCCUCCUGUCCUGUAUUUCCUUCCCAGGGAGUGGGGCCUCCCCAUGAGCUGACGCCGCGCCCUCUGCUUAGCCCUUACAGGGCCCCAAAGUGUCUGAGUGUGUCGGGUCUGAAUGUGUGAAAUAAAUCAAUCCAGCAUCGUCCCUGCCACCCGCCUGGACCACUUCUGACAGCCUGGGACUUUUGGGGCCCUGGGGUUGAGGUGCUGGGUGGAAGAAGAGGCAUGAAAGACAGCCGCUGCAGCCACCCUGGCCGACAGGACAGGAAGUGCCUGCCCUCACCCGGGGCACCAGCCACGCCCUCUUCCUCAUCCCCACCCCUCAGCCUGCCUCCUGGGGGCCGCUGGCUGGUAGGUCUGCGGAUGAGGCCGAGGUGCUCCCACUGGAGGUGGGGCAGGGGCGGUGCCGCAGGGUCCUGAGCUGCACUGAAGCAAGGGGGAAAGCUCAGGGCCUCUGCGGUGGCACCGGGAACUCUGGGCAGGGUUCCUUCACGGUGGUUCUGUGCUGAGUACCUGGAAGUGAUAAUAUUUUGAAUAUAUUAGGUUAAAUAAAACCAACUGUUAGGAUUCUCA